AUGGACACACAUGAAUCUAACCAAGGUCACCGAGUGCAGGAAAAACAAGUGAGAGAUGCCCUCAAAUAUUGUGAUCCACAAGGUGUUCUGUUCAGGAGGUUGUUAUUGUCAGCCUGUAGAGUGCAACGUAGAGUAUACAAUGUGCGUGCACCAUUAGCAUUGUGGCACAUUAAUGGAAAUCAUAAAUUGAUCAGAUGGAGAUUCGUGAUUCAUGGUGGAAUUGACGGGUAUUCUAGACUGCCAGUUUCCUUGAAAGUAAACACUAACAACAGUGCAGUGAGUGUCCUUAGUGCCUUUACAGAAGCUACACAGCUGUAUGGAAUGCCAGAGAGAGUUCGGUCUGACAAAGGAGGAGAGAAUGUUUUGGUUGCAGAAUACAUGGUUCAACAUAAUGGCACAAGGUCUUUUAUAACCAGACGCAGUGUACAUAAUCAAAGAAUUGAGAGACUAUGGCGGGAAGUCUGGACUGGUUGCAAUGCCUUGUACUAUGGACUCUUCUUCUCGAUGGAGGAUGAUGGUAUUCUGGAUGUCACCAAUGAGAGGCACAUGCUAGCACUGCAUCUUGUGUUCAAGCCCAGGAUACAGCAACACCUGGAUAACUUUAGAGAAGCU